CAUUCGGAGCAAGUUCACUCGGCUUAGCAGACAGCUUAUUGGAGUCGACUACCGAGGAGGAUUGGAUAUUCGAGGAGUUAUGUCACUCGAUCUACACUGUACACUUUUCGCCUGAUAAUAAGAGAACGUUAUAACAUUUGAGGUUUUGGUUGCCGUUCCGCAGAAUGGCGAGUGCGUUACGAUGCGGUGUAAGCAAGUUGCUAGCUCGCAAUUCAAUAUCAGGAUUAUGCAAGCCAUCAUUAGGAGCCAGCGGCUAUAUAGCCAAAAUACAAGUGGCAUUCAUCUCAGGAAAAGCAAUGCGGGUGGUCGAAAGAAAGCGGCCACCUCCGUUUCCGUAUGAGACGAAGAGGUACAGUCGUUGGAAUCAGCUAUUUGACAAAACUGUACACAGAAUGGAUGAUAAUUCCAAAAUCGUUAUUGUCGAAGGGCCAAUUGCCUCUGGCAAGACAGAAUUUGCUGAAGCAUUGGCCAAGGAUUUGGACAUGCACUAUAUGCCAGCAGUGACAAUGGACAUGCAUUAUAUAAACUCAUAUGGCUUCGAUAUGCGGCAAUUGGACGACAAGCUGCCAGAAUCUUGUAGAUCUUAUGACGUCAAGAACUUCUGUAAAGAUCCGCACCACAUGAACUGUGCCAACUAUCAGCUCCAAAUGUAUUAUUAUAGGUUUUUCCAAUACAUUGAUGCCUUAGCACACCUUUUCUCAACUGGAGAAGGUGUUGUUUUGGAGCGAUGUGUUUACUCUGAUGCCAUUUUUAUGGAGUCAAUGUGCAAUGCUGGCUAUGUUAGCAAACUUGCGCAACGGACUUACCAAGACCUCACACAGCUCACUUUGCGUGAACUCCGCCUGCCGCAUUUAGUUAUCUAUUUGGAUGUUCCUGUACCUGUAGUCAAGGAAAAGAUUCAAAAGAGGGGGAUACCCUACGAAGUUGAAUCCAAGGUUUUCACGGAGCAGUACCUGACUGAUAUUGAAAAUCUUUAUAAACAGCAGUAUUUGAAACAGAUGUCAGAACAUGCUCAUAUUCUCAUUUAUGACUGGUCAGAGGGUGGUGACCCUGAGGUUGUCAUUGAGGACAUCGAGAGAUUGAACUUUGACGCUGAUGACCGAGACGAUCUCAAAUUCAGGGACUGGCAAUUCUGGGAUGCUAACGAUUGGAGUGAUACAAGGCGCAUUUAUGCUGAUGAAAAAUUGUCAUUCAAAGUGCUAUUUAACUUAGGGGAAGUCAAUGCACCAGAGCUCAUUGUAUCAGGAGCUGAUCAUCUCGCAUAUCAAAAGGUUUGGGAAAAUGCACCUGGUAACAAGUAUAUGAAAGGCUUCAAUAAAGAUAUGGGAGAUACGGGAUUACUGUGGAAAGGGCGCCCUACUAUUCGGGAAUACAGAAUGCCGUUUUUUUCGUAAACUAGGUGCUGCUAAAAACAUAAGAAAAAAUUCACAAAUCGGCAGAAGUGAUUACAUUGUAGUGCAACGAAUUGAAGUUGUCCUGGUAGACUUGUACAAACCAACAAAUUACAAUAAAUAACAUUCUAUGUAA